AUGUUCCGCCAGGCUAUUGCUCGACCCAUGGUCACUGCCAACCGGGCAGUACUUCAACGAUCCUUCUCCGCCGCCGUCCCCCGGAUGGGCGAGGGCGACACCGGGGCUCCUCGGAGUGGUGGCGCGGCUUCUAGUGACGCCUUCACCAAGCGCGAAGCCGCACAAGAGGCCAUCUACAUCCGUGAGAAGGAGCUGGAGAAGCUGGGAUCGCUGAAGAAGAAGAUCACCGAGCAGCGCAAACACCUUGACGAGCUCGAGGGUCACAUUGACAAAUUGACCAAGGAGCAAAAUGGCGCCGGCCAGUAA